AUGCGACUUUGUAGCAUAAUUUUUUUUAUUUUUGAAAUAGUGAAUACUAUUGUUGUAAAUAAUACAGCGGUAUUUUAUUAUCAUGAUAGUAUAAGACAAAAAAGAGGGAUUUUAAAAGAUAAACAACAUAUAUGGCCUGAAAAAGAAAUAACAUAUUAUGUAGAUCCUGUAUUAGAUCAUUCUUUAAUUAAAACGGCACUAAGUAGAAUAUCAAAAGAAACGUGCUUAAUAUUUAGAUAUAAAUUACAAAAAAAUAAAGCUUUAUUUAUUUAUUUACCUGGUAAAUAUUAUGAAACAAAUUUAGGAAGAAGAAGAGAAAUUCCUCAUAAAAUUUUUAUACCAUUAUUUCCACAUAAUAUAGGAAAAGUUAUGCGAGAAACAAUGCGUGCAUUAGGAGUUGACUAUGAACAUAAUAGAUUUGAUAGAAUUUAUCAUAUAAAAAUUAACAAAGAAAAUAUUCAACCAUAUUUUUUAAAAUUUUACACCCUAGAGAAUGCGUUUAUUUCAACUAAUUAUGAUACAAAUUAUGAUCAUAGAUCAAUAAUGCAUUUUUCACAAUAUGAAUAUACAAAAACGCUACAAAAAGUUAUAAUAUCAAAAGAUCAUUUAAUGCAGCAUCUUAUGGGUAAAUCUAGAUAUCUUACUUUUAAUGAUGCUAAACUUUUAAAUAAAAAAUAUUGUUCAUUUCCAUUUAUAAAUCAUUUGCCAUGUUUUUUCAAAGGAUAUCAAGAUCCACGAGUACCAACAAGAUGUAAAUGUUUGCCAUUUCUUACUGGUAAUCAAUGUGAAAUAAUUAGACCAAAUGAUCCACAAUGUACACAAAGAAUAAUAUUUUCCGUAGUAGAAAGACAACAAAAUAUAAUUGUUAGAGUAGGAGGAAAAUGUUCUUUUUACUUUCAAACUGAAGUUGGCAGUAGAAUUAUAAUGAAUUUAAAAUUUCUUAGCAUUGGAAAUAUAGACAGAAAAAUAUGUAAUGAAGAAAAUAGUAUCGAAGUCAAAUAUAAAAAAGAUAUUUCUUCAAGUGGGUAUUUGUUUUGUCCACAAAAAAAUGAAUUUUUCUUUACAUCUCCAAUUAAUGUAGUUUCUUUAAUUUCAACUUUUCCGAAUACAAAUAUUCGACUUCUAAUAAGUUAUAAAAAAAUUAAAAUAACAAAUUAA